UAUACUCUCUCUCUCUCUCUCUCUCUCUCUCUCUCUCUCUCUGUUUUUCAAUUGUCCAAUACCAACAUGACAACCAAGUUUUUCAGUUUGCUGCUUCUUUUGCUGAGCUCCACAUUCAUUGCAGUAAGUGCUCGACCUUUCAAUAUCAUGAAGCACAGAAACUCUGAUCGUAGAGCAAUUGGAGGUUUCUUUGAUGGGUUAUCUCUUGAAGCCAUCAAAGAAUCGGGCCCUAGCCCAGGUGUGGGGCACCAGUUUCCCAAUCAACAAACCAUUGGAGGGAUUAAAAGUUCAGGCCCAAGUCCAGGCACAGGAAACAAAUUCACAAAUGUGGAGACUCUUGGAGGCAUUAAGGAUUCCGGUCCAAGUCCUGGUACUGGACACAAAUUCCCAGAUGUUGAGACUCUUGGAGGGAUUAAGGAUUCCGGCCCAAGUCCUGGUACAGGAAACAAAUUCACAAAUGUUGAAACUCUUGGAGGGAUUAAAGACUCAGGGCCAAGCCCUGGUACAGGAAACAAAUUCACAAAUGUUGAAACUCUUGGAGGGAUUAAAGACUCAGGGCCAAGCCCUGGUACAGGAAACAAAUUCACAAAUGUUGAAACUCUUGGAGGGAUUAAAGACUCAGGGCCAAGCCCUGGUACAGGAAACAAAUUCACAAAUGUUGAAACUCUUGGAGGGAUUAAAGACUCAGGGCCAAGCCCUGGUACAGGAAACAAAUUCACAAAUGUUGAAACUCUUGGAGGGAUUAAAGACUCAGGGCCAAGCCCUGGUACAGGAAACAAAUUCACAAAUGUUGAAACUCUUGGAGGGAUUAAAGACUCAGGGCCAAGCCCUGGUACAGGAAACAAAUUCACAAAUGUUGAAACUCUUGGAGGGAUUAAAGACUCAGGGCCAAGCCCUGGUACAGGAAACAAAUUCACAAAUGUUGAAACUCUUGGAGGGAUUAAAGAGUCAGGCCCAAGCCCUGGUGCAGGAAACAAAUUUACAGAUAACACCCAUCAAUGAAUAUUCGUGAUCAUCUCAAUAGAAACUAGAAAUAUUCAUUAUGUAUUUUCUUAUUUACAUUUUUUUGUUGAUUUGAUUUAUAUUUAUGCUCCAUGUAUCUUCGAGAUAAGAUAAUUUAUGUUCAUGUCAUUUCAUUUUAUAUUUUUAUCGCAAAUUUUUCUUUAUCAUGUAAGUAAGUUUCCAUACAUAUUCCAACUUUUAUACAACAGAGCUCAUG